AUGAGUGAUAGUUCAUUUGAAGAUAAAUUAAAAGAUCUCAAUUUAUCAAAUGAUGAAUUAAAACGUUUUUCUGAUGCUUUUAAAAAUGAAGAAUUUCGUAAAUUAUUUAUGGAAUAUGCUGAAGAAUUAAAUGAUCCAACAAAUCGUGAAUUAUAUGAAAAAGAAAUUCGUGCUGUUGAAGAACAACGUGGUUCAGAUGUUACAUUUAUACAUCCGAAACCCGGUCAUGUACUUAAAACAACAAUAAAUAGUAAAAAUAAAUGUUUUAUUAAUAUAGCAACAAAUGAACAUGUUGAUAAACCAUCAUAUAAUAAAAGUACAGAAACAAAUGGUAAACAAGGUGUACAAUGGAGUUUACCACAUUGUUUAGCUGGACCACAUGAAGAUAUUGAUCAUGAAUCAAAACCAUGUACGAUUUAUGAUGUUAUUUUUUCACCAGAUACAUAUAGAAUGGCUGAAACAAAUGUAAAAUUUAUGAAAAUGGUUGAAGAUUCAGCGUUAGAUUCUGUUGAAAAUAAUUUUCAUUGUAAACUUGAUAGAAAUAAUAUUAAAAAAUUAAAAAUGAAAUUUAAAGGUAUCCCAAAAGCAACUAUUAUUAGAAAAAAAAAAGAAAAUCAACAACAGGAAACAAAAAAUGAUACUGAAAAUGAACUUAAACAAGAGACUGAUGAUAUAAUUGAAAAAGCUAUAUCAAAUGCUCAAAAUCACAAAGUGGUUUUAUCAAGUCAUAAUCGUGCUGUAAAUUCUCCACCACCCUCAACUAACAUAAAUUCAUCUGAAACAAUGAAACCUUGUACAGACGAAAAUGGUUUUACUAUUCCAACAUAUCGAAUAAUUCAUCGUGGUGAAUUUGACAUGCAAGAUUGUACAAAUUCUCUUGUACCACAAGUUCGUUCGAUGCGUCCAAAAGAAUUAAUUGUUGAAAUUGAUCUCCCAUUAUGUGCAUCUUCUAGUAAUGUUGAUUUAGAUGUAUGUGAACGUUCACUUAAACUUCAUUGUAAUUCGCCGAAAUAUUCUCUUGAUCUUCAUUUACCUUAUCCAGUCCGUGAAAGUGAUAGUCAUGCACGUUUUGAUAAAAAACAACGGAAAUUACUUGUUACAUUAGCUGUUAUUAAAGAAACUCCGUCAAUUAUUGAAGUUGAUACAAAUAUUGAUAUGAAAGAAACAAAUGAAGAACCAACAGAAACAAUUCCGACAACAACAACAAAUGAAGAACCAACAGAAACAAUUCCAACAACAACAGCAACAACAAAUGAAUUAGCAGAAUCAAUUGCAAAACCAGCAAAUAUAACUUCUUUAUCCAUUCCAUUUGACUAUAAACAAGGCUUAGCUCAUCUAGCAAUAGUUUUAUAUGUUAAAAAUGUUGAUAAAACAAGUUUAAAACUUGAAAAUGAUGGACAACAUAUAACUAUUCAAUUAUCAUCUUUAGGCUCAGGUUUUUAUCCUUUACAUCAUCAACUUUUUCUUGAUUUUGAUGAACCAAUGGUAUUUGAUACAACAGAGAAUUCAUCAACAAUUACAUUUAAUGAUGAUAAUGUUUUAAUCUUAUUAAAGAAAACUUCCAAUGAUAAACAAUUAACUCAAUUUUCUAGUGGUAUUAAUCAAGAAGAUAUGAAGGUCAACUAUUUUCCGGUUUCAAUUCCUAUGGAGACGUCUAACUCAUUACCAAAACAAAAUAUGACAAAAGAAGAUUUUAUUAAAUGUGAUUCAUCUUCAUCAUCAAAUACUGAUCAAGAUAAAAAAUUAACCAAAAAGCAAGCUAGAAAACUAGCAAGAGAAAAUCGAAAAAAACAAGAAACAACAGAUGAUAAUGAACAACUUGUUAAUAAAAUUUCAAAAAUAACACUACAAUCAAAUCAUGAUGAACGAAAAUCGGAUGGUACGAAUGUUAGUCGAAAAACUACAUUCGAAGAAAACGAUGAUAAUUUAUCAGAUAUGCAAAGAGUUACUCCACAUCCAUCAAUCUAUCGUCGACAUAUGUCAGAAUCACAAGUCGAUCUUGGAAUUGCAUCUAAUGGAGAAUUUAAACUUAAAAGUAUAUUAAAAAGUUCGACAAAAUAUCGUUCAUAUUCGGAAUCAUUAAGUGAUCCAUUUAAUCCUAUAAGUACUGAAUUUCAACGUGAAGAAUCAAUAUUUGAAGCAGCUUCAACAGUUGAUGAUUUAACUAGUAGUAAUGAAAAUAAUAGUAUAGUAACAUCACCAGAUAGUAGUGGUAGUAAUAGUUUUUAUCCAACAUCAAAUUCAUCUGUUAAUGUUAAACAUGUAACAUUUAAUAAUCAGGUAUCAAGGAAAACAUUUAAACCAGGUGGACCAGUUUCUGGUAUGAGAAAAUUAUCAUCAAAUCAACAACGAAAAUUAAAAAAACGUAAACGACAAGAUUCUCUUAAUUCUCAAUCAAGUGACCAAGAUGAUUCAAUAAGUGAAAAAAAUAAGACUAAACAAUCGGAUACUUAUAAAAAUCCUAUUGAAUUUCAAGAUGUUAUUGCUUGGCAAGCAACUGGAUCUCAAUCAAAUAAUAAUGACAAUACAAAAGAAGAAGCAAUAACAACAACGACACCAACUACUAAAUCCGCUGUACGAUUCACAAAUCCGCUUAUAUUUGAAUUAGACAAUUAG